GCACUGAGGCACGAGGAACGUCUUCAUCGUGGUGUUUUCACGGAAUGAUCGCUUAGUAGUGAAUGUGUUGUGCCAGUUGUGUUGAUUGCAAUCACGAAUGAAUAUUGUAUGUUUGGAAUGAGAUCACCGCCGUCAUCGCCGAUGUCGCAUGGUCGCGUGAGGUAACAGCAUCGUCGCGAAUGAUGCAGACUCAGUUACUAGGCCGAAUCCUACUGCCGGGGACUUGUCUUCGCGUAGGAAAAAUGUCCGGCGACAUUGGGAGUAGCACGGCGUCCUCCUGUUGAUUUAGGCGAUUUUGCGGAAAACGCAUGCACGCACGUAUGCACGCCACAUCUUGGAGUAUUUCUCUCUUCCCUGCUGUUGGCGAAUUAAUGAAUGUGGCCGAGGCGAGACAUCGUCUCACGGCAGGACUUGGUUGAAACUAUUAUCGACAUUCGGAUUGACCGAGAAAUCGCCUUAACAACAAGCUUUCCAUCAAGACUGCCAAUAUAAGACUGAAUUACUGAUGCAUGGGAUAAUCGUCUUUGAUGUCAAGUACGGUCAGCAUCAAUGGGAAACUGUUUUUCGUGCUUUAAGGUGCCACUUCCACCAUCAACCGACAUUGAUCAAUCAGUUGCAUUGGAGCAUAAAGACGAAACAAUGGAACUCAGAGGUUUGUUCCCAAAUUCUUGCCAACAACCUGGUCCUUUUGUGCCUGAAACUCACGUGAAUGGGAACAGAAAGUCUAUAAGUACACUAUCUACAUUUAAUAAUGUAGGCUCAGACAAUUGCGGAUCUAUGCCCAGUGUACAAAGUAAUCCGCGCUCACGAGGAUUCUACGCGCGAUUGCAGCCAUUAGGACGAUCCGGCACAUCGUCGGGUCUUAAUUCAACUAUCGACUCUAAGCAGCAAAGGGAACCGUCAGAGAAUAAAUUAAAUACCCUUUUCGACCAAUAUAAGGACCCCCAUGAAGAUGUAAUAUUAGCUGAUGGGAUAGAAAAACUCUGUGAUGAUUUACAACUAUCACCCGAUGAAUUUAAAGUUCUUGUGCUUGCAUGGAAGCUGAAUGCAGAACAAAUGUGCCAAUUCACACGUCAUGAAUUUGUCACGGGAUUAAAGGCCAUGAAGGUGGACAGUAUACGUGGUAUACAGGCGCGAUUGCCUGAGAUCGUUCAGGAAUUGACGAUCAAUAGUGAUUUGUUUAAGGAUCUCUAUCGAUUCACAUUCCGAUUUGGCCUCGACGUGACGUCUGGUCAAAGAAUUUUACCGGCUGACAUGGCGAUCGUCCUUUGGAGACUUGUUUUUACGAUACGCGAACCUCCACUCCUAAUGAGAUGGCUCAAGUUCCUUGAAUGCCAUCACAUCCGGGGGAUACCUAGGGACACUUGGAAUAUGUUUCUCAACUUUGCUGAAAGCAUCGGGGACGAUCUCGGCGCUUAUGACGAUGCUGAAGCAUGGCCAAGUUUAUUUGACGACUUUGUGGAAUAUGAAAACGACCAAAUGAACCAAAAUAUCACUAAAGAUGACAUUAUGAAAGACGCUUCUAUCGACAAAGCUUAAUGUUCGUAUUCUAAGGAAAAUAACACAGUGGAGCAAAAGAUAUUAUUGUCUUAAAUGCGACCUUUGAACAGGAUCGUCUGCGUUCUUCCUGGGAAUAAUCGACAUUUUAUUCUCAUCGGUAUGAUAAGAAGGUGAUAUUUCUGAUUAUUAUUACCUUUCACAUUUUUUUAAGAUCUUACAUUUGUUAUUACAUCAUUUUGUUUACAUUCGGUAUUUUAUAUCAUA